CUAACACUGAGAGAAGGAUGAUGAAACGAGCUGCAAAGUCUAAACCGAUGACUGGGAAGUUCGUCCGAACCGAACCGAUCUAAUGGAACUUGACAGCGCUAAUUAAUGGUUGAUGUCCUCGUAAGUUGUGUUCGCAGAGACCCGUGCUCUCAAGGUACAAUGGUGGAUUGGUGGUCCAGGUAAGUGAGCACUUCUGCUGCUCUGGUUUCAAUCUCUCUCUCUCUCUCUCUCACAUUGCGGAGAACGAAGGAAGAAGAAGGCGUUAUGAUUUCUGCUCAGUUGCACAGUGCACAGCCAUGGACGCUUCCUCCUCCUCCUUCUCGGGUUCGAAGACCCUGUCAAUUCUCAUCUGUUCAUGGCAAGAGGAGAUUUAUGCCCCACAGACAUGGCUUGUUCAAAUCUUCAGCAUUACACGCGCAUUGUCUUAAAGAAAACAGUGAAGGUAGAUGGCAGGCUAAAUCUUACCAAUCAGAAAAUAAAUCAGAUUUGAGCACAAAUGUUAGUGUUCCAGAAAGCAUGGAUGCAACGUGCACUGUUAUAGAGAAGAUUAAUGAUAAUAUCAAUCAGGGUCCAUGGACUAAAAGCAUGGUACAAUCUUUGUCAUUGUACUUCAUACAAAGAGUAACACAUCAAAUGUUUCUUCACCAGAUGUUGAAAGUUCAAGCAAUACUUCCGGACAUGCUUCAUACUCUUACUGCAACAAGCUUGCCUCUUGCUUGUGUCUCUAAUACCUUGAAUAAACCCAGCCCUCUCCGAUUAAAUGUGUCCUUUCCUUCUUUUAAUGAUAUUAGUUGGAGCUUAGCACGAUUGAUAUACUUGUUCAACGUCCAACUUGAGAGAAAUGUUGCCACGAUCCUUGUGGUGCUCCUUGUGGCAUGUUCAUCAUUUGUUUUUAUUGGUGGUCUCCUGUUUUUCAAAUUCAGGGGUCAAAAACAAUCGUUAGAGGACUGCUUCUGGGAAGCCUGGGCAUGCCUUUGUUCAUCAUCAACUCAUUUAAAACAAUCAACACGUGUUGAGCGUGUUCUUGGCUUUAUUCUUGCCAUAUGGGGUAUAUUGUUUUACACUCGCCUUCUAAGUACAAUGACCGAGCAAUUUAGGAAUAAUAUGCAAAGACUCAGAGAGGGGGCCCAAAUGCAAGUUUUGGAGACUGAUCAUAUCAUCAUUUGUGGUAUGAAUAGUCAUCUGCCUUUCAUAUUAAAGCAGCUAAACAAGUAUCAUGAAUUUGCAGUCCGCUUAGGCACUGCUACAGCUAGGAGGCAGAGAAUCCUUCUUAUGUCUGAUCAUCCUAGAAAACAGAUUGACAAAGUAGCUGAACAAAUGGUGAAAGAUUUAUAUCAUGUUGACGUCCUUACAAAGAGUUGCAGCCUUAGUUUGACGAAAUCAUUUGAAAGAGCAGCAGCCAACAAGGCUCGUGCAAUAAUUAUACUGCCAACAAAAGGGGAUAGGUAUGAAGUUGACACCGAUGCUUUUCUAUCUGUUUUAGCCCUUCAACCAAUUCUGAAAAUGGAUUCUGUCCCCACCAUAGUCGAAGUUUCAAGUUCCAAGACAUGUGAGCUCUUAAAAUCUAUCUCAGGAUUGAAAGUAGAGCCGAUAGAAAAUGUUGCAUCCAAAUUAUUUGUUCAAUGCUCUCGGCAGAAGGGGCUUAUAAAGAUCUACAGACACUUGCUAAAUUACCGAAAAAAUGUAUUUAAUCUUUGCAGCUUACCUAACCUAGAAGGAAUGACCUAUAGGAAAGUAAGACAUGCAUUUCAAGAGGCAGUUGUCUGCGGUCUUUAUCGGAAUGGAAUGAUAAACUUCCAUCCAAAUGACAAUGAAAUCCUUCAGCAAAAUGAUAAAGUAUUAAUGAUUGGAUCCCUUCGUGAUAUAAAGAAGGCACAUGCAUACCCACGCAAGAAAGAAGGAAUUCAUGACCAAGGAAUUCAAGAACAAGAUGUUGAACACGCCAUAGAAUUGAGUAAAAAGAGACUAGCUAAUAUUGUAAAGCGUCCUAAAAGAUCAGGUUCCAAGGCAUCAGAUGGAAAUCUGGGACCGAGAGAGUGCAUUCUUUUGCUUGGGUGGCGCCCUGAUGUUGUAGAAAUGAUUGAAGAGUAUGAUAACUAUCUUGGUCCAGGAAGUGUUGUGGAAAUUUUAUCAGAUGAACCAAUAGAUGACAGGAUCAGGGCCAGCAUCCUUACUGGUCAAAGUAAUCUCAAGAAUGUUCGAAUUUCUCACAGGAUUGGAAAUCCUCUGGAUUAUGACUCGUUAAAGCAGACCCUUCUGAAUAUCCAGAAAUCUCUUGGUAAUGAAGAUAUUCCUUUGUCAGUUGCUGUCAUAUCUGACAGAAGAUGGCUUCUUGGAGAUCCAUCUAAAGCAGACAAGAAUUCUGCCUAUUCUCUCCUAUUAGCGGAUAAUAUCUGCAAAAGACUAGGAGUUAAGGUACAUAAUCUAGUUGCAGAGAUCGUUGAUUCGACAUUGGGUAAACAAAUUGCUAGAAUCAACCCAUCACUGACCUACAUUGCAGCAGAGGAAUUAAUGAGCCUUGUGACAGCUCAAGUAGCGGAGAACAGCGAACUUAAUGAAGUUUGGAAAGACAUACUAAAUGCAGAGGGUGAUGAAAUAUAUGUGAAGAAUAUCGGCCUUUACAUGAAAGAAGGAGAGAAUCCAUCAUUUUGGGAGCUCUCUGAGAGAGCAUAUUUGCGGAGAGAAGUAGCCAUAGGUUAUGUGAAAAAUAACAGGAAGGUUAUUAACCCAGUUCCAAAGUCAGAACCCCUCUCCUUUGAAUUGACAGACUCACUAAUAGUCAUUUCUGAGCUUGAAGGAGAACAGCCUGUGGUUUUGUAGUGCUAAAGCUUCAGCAUAAUCUUAUCUUCAUGCUGCUUCAUCGUUGUUGCAGGAGUAUUAUUGUUUCCACCAAAUUGUAUUAACCCUAGCUGAGGUUAUCUUAGGAAUCUCACAGUUGAUCAAGCCAUAGAAGAAUAAGGUGUGAAAUCAAUUAUCGUAGCCUAGGAGCAUUCAAAGUCUUGAGAUUAUGGAGUAGUUCAAUAAAUGGUCACAUUAUAGAUCAUUGAAGUUAUUCUGGCUAGGGAAGUAUUGUAUAUUUUCCUGUGACAAAAUAGGGGCUUAAUAAGUUGUAUUUUUUUUUUUUAAUCAGUUGUCUAAUGCAGAGAUUUUGCUAUCAGACAAUGUUAUAUUCACAGUUUUGAAGUACAUUUGAAAUCUCCUCUUUAAUAA